CCCAAGGUCAAAACAACCCUGAUAUGACCCUCAAUGAAAUCAAGUUUGACACCUCUGAUAUAUAUUAAUAUUCUUGACACCAUUAUCUAUUUCACAGGUAAAUAUAGUUGAAUAUGAUAGGUAUACUUUGAAAAGGUAUCAGUUUUAACUAGUUAUGCAUAUUAUGUAUCUUUGAUAUAUUAUAGAUUGAUUAUGGACGAGGUGCCCAAAAGCAGUAAUAACAAUUUAUCAACAUCUCCACAAGUAGCAUCUUUACAAGGUACCACUCUACAGGAAGCUCAACUUUCUCAUGUUUCUCAACAGAUGUCUCUUAGAGGUCCAACUCCACUAACAGUGGUACAUCUGUCUGGAGAUCAGGUUCAGGGAGUCAUUCACACAGCUCAGACCUCCUCUGUGAUUCACUCACCACAAGGACAGUCAGUACAGGUGUCAUUAUCAGAGAAUGAUGAUUCACAAGACUCUUCGGAUAGUAUGGACUCUUCCCAAAAAGCAAGAGGUCUCUUAGCACGCCGUCCAUCAUACAGGAAAAUCUUUAACGAUCUUUCUUCUGAGGAUACAAGGGAUAGGAAAGGAGAUGAGUCGAAUUCGGUGGUCACUUCAGUGCCUGUCACUACACCUGUUUAUCAGACCAGCACUGGUCAAUAUAUUGCCAUUGCCCCAAAUGGACCGUUACAGCUGAGCAGUCCAGGUGCGGAGAGUGUCCAGGGCUUACAGACCUUCACAAAUGCUGCUGGGACUCCACUAUUGCAGUAUGUGCAGACAUCUGAUGGCCAGCAGAUACUGGUACCAAGUAAUCAGGUAGUGGUGCAAA